AUGGACAAAAAGAAAAAGUCUCAAGAAAUAAUUCACUAUUGUGAUAAUGCACUUCAGGACUUUUGCAGAGAAACUGUAUUACAUUCUUUAAAAUAUAUUGGCAAUCGAAGUCUUCAAUUAUGGGAAAGAAUUUUGUUUCUAAUUGCCCUCUUUGCGUCCAUAGCUGCAUUAACCCAGCUCAUAAGGAAUACAUAUUUAUCUUGGCAAAAUACUCCAGUUAUAAUUGGAAUAAGCCCACAUCCAGCUUAUAUUCAUAAGAUCCCUUUUCCCGCCAUAACCGUCUGCAAUAUGAACCAAGUUAUUAAAGGUCGAGUUGUAAAAUACAAAGAAAAUGACUCUGAUCCAAUACCUUAUGGAUUUCUUCAAAUGAUCUGUCUUCGAGAUGAUACCAAUUUCAGUCAGUAUAAGAGCUUACCUCAGCCAGAAAAUCAAUUGUUCUCUGAGUUUAUUUCUCACCACGUUCAAGAUUGUGAAGGAAUGAUGAGAUCCUGUCGCAUGGGUGGUGUCUAUCAAAAUUGUUCAGAUUUUUUCCGACCUGUACUAACUGAUGAAGGUCUUUGUUGUUUAUUCAAUGCCGUGCAUCCGUCAUAUUUAUUCAAAAAAGAGCCUUAUCAGCACCUACGUGAUUUGACUGCUACCGAUGGAAGAGUUCCAGUUUAUUGGAAUCCAGAAAAUGGCUACCAAAAAAAUCUCCCACCAAAAUAUUAUCCAAGAGUUGCUUCAGGAACUGGCUUCUCAAUGGCACUGUCAAUUAUGUUUGAUGCAGAAAUGAAUGACUAUUAUUGCUCCUCAACCAUGGGACCUGGAUUUAAAAUUGUCCUCCAUAAUCCCAUCGAAACCCCUUUUGUCAAAGAAACCGGCCUUCCCGUUCAGCUUGGUUACGAGACUAAAUUCCGCUUAGAAGCCAUUCAAACAGAAGCCGCUGACGAUAUGCGAAAUUUACGCCAAAAAGAUCGUCAAUGUCAUUUUAAUUCCGACAGUCAGUUGCGUUACUACUUACAGUAUUCGCAUCGUAACUGCGAACGGGAGUGUGACUCCCAAUUGUUUAUGAAAUAUUGCGGUUGUGUGCCAUACCACUUGCCUCAGAUGUUUUCAAACGUUUCGGAAUGUCGACUUAAAGAUUUCGCCUGUUUGACCUCGAUCAAGGAUACUUCGAUUGUGAUCAAGGACUAUUGCAAGAGUAAUUGCCUGCCAGGAUGUUUCGAUUUGACAUACAAGGCUACAACUUUUGCUGCUCCACUCACAGUGGGCGGAUAUGCUGUAAACUUUUUGAAUGCCGAAAAUGGUAAGAAUUUUUCAACAGAAUACAUCAAGGAGAAUAUAGCAGUGGUGCAUUUUUACUACGAGGAAAAUGUUUACCACGGAAAUAUGAGAUACAGUUUUAUUGGAUUGACACAGUUUCUUUCAAGUACAGGUGGAUUACUGGGACUCUUUACUGGAUUCAGUUUAAUAUCGAUUGUUGAGGUUUUCUAUUAUUUAAUACUUCGACCGAUUCGAGAUAUCUUUACAAGGAAGAAAAGAAACAAGGAUCAAUACAUAAACCCUAGAUUGGUUCAUGUGCGAUCAUCUUUGUACGAUACCAAAAACAAUACGAAAAAUGUUGGGAAACUAUCAGAUGUUGUCUAUUUCAAAUCAAAGGCGACACAUCACUCGCUAGACGGUCGAAAUCGUGAAAGUUUUCAAUUUUGCCACUAGAGUAAUUUGUGGGUGAGUAAUUUUUUGGGAAGGUAGCUCAA